UGUUGAUAUCGAGCAGAUUGAAUGUGCAUAAAAUUUAUGUUCUUUUUAGUCCAUUACGACGAGUCUGCGAGUGUUAACGUGCGCGUACGCAAGACAAUUGUCGAGCAUUCAAAAGCGUCUGUUCGAUUUAGUUGGAGUGUUGUUGCCGCAAAGUGAGUUUUUGGCAAGUCCAGUAGCCCAACGCUGGGCAACAAGCUGUACGUUUCAUUAACUAAUAAGAAAUUGUAGUGUUAAAAAUAUAAAAAAAAUUAACAGAGUUUAAAUGUUUUAGUGUCCGACCCUUAAGUGAAACAAAAAAUUUUAUUUAAAAAAAAAUAACAAUUCUUGAAAAAAUUUAUUUAGUGCUUUGCAAGCAGAAAAAAGUGCACGCAUAUUUUUCCUCCGUUUCAAGUGUUGAUUCUACAAUAAAUUUAACAAAAAGUGCAAAUUGCAACAACUGCGCAAACUGCCAAGUUACACACUCACACAACAACAACCACAACAUAUUGUAACCGGCUAAGCUGGCAUUCAACGUGCCUAUCGGCCACUGAGGCAGCCAAGCAACCAAUGUAACUCCAAGUCUCAUACCUGCCAGUUCAUCUGCUUCGCGCCGUAAGCCCCGCUGCUGCUAUAGAUAGUGCUAAAUUACGUUUUUGUUGUUGUGGUUGCAGCAAAAAAAAAUCAAAUAAAUGCAAUAAAUACAAAAUAAAUGGAAAAUGUUGCAAAACUUCCAUUAAACGAGUUUGACACAUAAACACAUGCAACACUGCCUUACAAGCGUAUAUGUGUUGGUGUGUGUGUGUGUGUUUGUGUUUGUAAUUGUGUCCGCGCUCCGGAAAAACCUGUUGCACUCGGUGCUGCAUUCACACGCUCCGUGGCCAUCACAAACGGAGUGCAUUCAUUCUAUUGCAGUGUGUGUUGCAUGCAACAAAAAAUGUCCCGCUGUUGAAUUGCAUAUGGAAUGAACGAAAUAUAUUAUUGCAGCAAGCCAAUAGAAUAGAAGGCACUAAAUAUCACCAUUGCUAACUUAAGCUCAUUGAACUAAGAACUGCCAACACAAAACAACUAAAAAAUUGGAACAGAAAAUAUAUUCGGUGCAAUUUCACCAUCAAAAUGCAGGACAUACGUUUGCGCGUCGAACAACCCAUGUCGCGUGUGUCACCCACACAGACGCGCCGCCCCAUACACCUACUGCCACAAAUAAGCUUAAGUUGCAAUGAACCGCCUUUGGAAGCUCACCUGCAGCCCAGUCAACAUGCAGUGCCGCGUUCACCGAGCUCCGAGGAGGAUAACUCACCCACAGAAAUGAAUAAUUGCCGACGUAUGGCGGAUAAGCCACCUUUGGUCAAACGCCUCACAAUGGGUAUGGGUCUGCUGCGUGGUACCGAAGAUAGUCGCCCACUGGUGCAUACAGCCUCAUCUUCACUCAAUUCAGGUUCAUCACAAACCAUCUCCGAUGGCUAUGUGAACGAAGCCAUUUGCGAACCAGAGAAAAUGAUUACCAACAAAUUCGGCGACUCCUGUCGGCAGUCGUUGACCGCGCUGCCCACGCUGGAAGCGGCGCAUAUGGGCUUGCAGGAACACACCGAAUUUAGCUAUAAGAAAAAGUAUCUGCGUGAAACGUGUAGUGCCAACUCCAGUCCAAAGAUGUUUGCGCCCAGCGCGCCGCUACGGCUCGACAAUCUCAGCUUGGCGGAGCAGCACGAACUGAAAGGCGCCGCCUGGUUUCAAGCCGGCAUUCCGCGUGAGAUCUCAUUGGAGGUGCUGUCGCGUCAGAGCCCUGGCGCCUUCCUGGUGCGGCAGAGUAGCACCAAACCCGGCUGUUUUGCAUUAUCACUGCGCGUGCCACCGCCCGCGCCCAAAGUGGCACACUACCUGAUACUGCGUACGCCGCGUGGCUAUAAAAUCAAGGGCUUCACCAAGGAGUUCUCCUCAUUGCGCGCGCUCAUUACACAUCAUUCUGUAAUGCCAGAGCUGUUGCCUGUGCCACUGACUUUACCACGUCCAACGAAUAUGGGCGCCGGCGCACCGGGUAGUCGACAUGGCUCACGAGGCAGUGAAUUGGAUGGCUGUGAUGAUUUCGAUACUUAUGGAUCGCUAAAUGAUUUUCGCAAAAUGAUGGCCGAUUUGAAUGUAUGACUUUUGAGUGAGACAAUGAGUGAGGAUAUCGGACUGAUGACGCCAAGUAAGCGUGGCGAUGCACCAGCAACGGCAACGGCAACAACAACUGCAACACCAACAAGUUGACCUCGAAUCAGCUGUCUGAGGCGCUGGUGGUGUGGACAGGGUUGAUGAAUUUAGGUGUAGAACAACAAAUAAAACAACAAUAAAAACACAAUAGAAAAGUAUAGCAAUAAGAAAAGGAGUCACAAACAGCAGCAUAGCAAAGGCCACCGCACAUAUUGUCGUUAGUGGCAACGUUGCAAGGAGCAGCCAGCUAAAGUGCUCGUGUUGCAAGCAUUGCAAGAUUUGAUAUAUUAUCGAGACAGUGCGAAUGUUAACGAGUCAUCAUCAAGAGAACAUGCAACAUGUAAUACAAAAACAACAACAAGAGCAUGCAACAUGUAUUACAAAAACAACAACAGCAACAACAAUGGCGUAAUUGACAACCACAGCGCAAAGUUCGAGUUACAGCACAAUUCAAUCAACAGACACAACAACAACAACUAUAAAAUCAAGUACAACAACAACAAGCACAACAUUUAUUAUAAAUAGCAUAUGCUCCACUCCAAUGGCAUUGACAGUGACCAUGAUAAGUGAUACGAGCAACUUUCAUGCCACACACAAACCUCAUCCUGCAACAGCCAUAUAAAGUGCACUAACAAACACAACAACCUGCGCAACAAGCGCAUAGCUGAUAUCCACACAGAACAGUUAAAGUGCUGUUUAAUUAAUUAACACCGACAAGCGAUACACCAGCAGCAAACACAAGCCAGGCAACCAAAUGUCGGACGACAAACGAAAUCUAGGCUCCACAAAUCAGCCAACUUGCACCCACUCAUGCGUCGCAUGCACUACUGUCUGCCGUUGUCCACUCUACGUCACUGGCUAUGCAGCACUCAACCUGCCGCAGACAACAUUUAGCCUCGGUGACUUGUUGAAAUUCUAGCAAAAUGCAGAGUUUACGGCAAAUAGCUGCAUAACUGCAAUCAUCAGCCAUUGUCUAUGUGAGUGUGAGUGUGUGUGUGCAUAACUUUAGUGACUACUGUUGAUUAAGCUCUGUAAUUAUUUUAAUUGGGCAACAUAUUCAAUGAAAUUGCAGGCAGACAUUUCUGGCUAAUGAAAAUCACAGAAUCACAGAAGAUUUACGGCACAUAAACGAAUCGCCAGCUAUGCGAGUAAUACCUACGUAAAUUUAUUAGUUAGUGCGUGUGAGCAAACUUAAUUCCAAAAUAUUUAGGUGUGCUUUUUGCAAAGGUAUUCGCUUGCUUGGAAGUGGCUUAGUAAUUUAACAAAGCCAAGCAGUAAUUGAUUUAUCACCAUUAAGUAAAGCUGUAUAUUUGUAUGUAUGUAUUUACUAUGUCUCAAUGCAAAUGUGUUUAGCAAGAAUGCCAGACAAGGCAUUAGAAGUGUAAUCACUAAGCCGUCUUAACCGCAUGUCUCAUAUGUAAACUAAGUAUUACGGGGAUUGCUUGGGAAAUAGUUAUUUUUCAUGGGUCCAGAAAAUUAGUCUAAGGCUUGAAGUAUGCUCUUUGAGUUACAUAAAUAUGAGUUUCGAAUGUAAAUUUAACACUAAGUUUCUAUCCAGCGAGCUUCUCUGACGGCUUGAGAACUGAUAAACGCCGCUGCAGUCCAUUUGCGGAAAAUACGGUAAAUACAGAAGCAAUUAGAAACCC